CUCUUUCUCUUCUCUCUCCCAUGGCGGAAAAGCAAGAAUCUUUGGGAAAACCCAAUUCGCAGAGUGAAGAUGAGAAGAAGAUUCCAGUGUUUACAGUGCUAAAGAAUGGCGCCAUCCUCAAGAACAUCUUUCUUCUUGACAAUCCCCCGGCAACACCUGUUGCAAUCACAGCAAAUCAAGAAUUUGAAGAGAUUUUGGUAGUUGGAAGACACCCAGAUUGUAACAUUGUAUUGGAACACCCAAGCAUUAGCAGAUUUCACCUCCGAAUUCACUCUAAUCCCUCUUCUCAUUCCCUCUCUGUUAUUGAUCUGUCUUCGGUCCAUGGGUCAUGGAUUUCUGGAAACAAGAUUGAACCAGGGGUUCGAGUUGAGUUGAAAGAGGGCGAUAAGAUGAAGCUAGGAGGUUCAAGAAGGGAAUACAUGCUGCACUGGAUUCCAAUAAGUCGCGCAUAUGAUUUGGAGAAUCCAUUUGUAGCUCCACUAGGUGAGGCAGAACCAUUCAAAGAAAUGGAUGAGAAAGAACAUCAGGAUGAGAAUGGCUUUGCUCUUCAGAAUGAGGGUGAUGAUUUGAUGCAGGAUCAAGAUUCAUCAUUUUCUUGUUCGAGUUUGUUGCCAUACAUUAAAUGUCCAACUCCGUCAGCUCCUCCAAUGCCUGAGGAGAUGAAGUCCUCAUUUCCCUAUGGUGAUGAGGAAGUAAACAUAAAUCCACUUGAGAAAAUACAUGGAGAGAGUGAAAUCAGUUUGCUGCAGCCUGCUUACGAACCUGACCAAGAAAACAGCAGUCCGCGAGCCCUUCUUGUCUCAGGAGGGAUCCGAACAGAAAAUGCAGAUAGUACUCCAGUACGAUCUCAGCAAAGAUGUUUGAACAUUUGGUCUAGACGGGGAAAAUGUUCCAGUGUUCAGAUUCAAACUGGUCGAGAUAGAGCUUUUAUUGAAAAAGUUGACAUUGAUACUGAAGUUCACACACUUGAUCCUGAGAAGGUUGCAAUGGAAUCAGUUUUCAAUGAUCCUUUUUCUAGAGGAAACAAGGAUGAAGAAGAUGCCUUCACUCCAGACAAAGAGAACCAUGUUCCUAGUUCUCUCUUACUUGGGUCCGAGAAGAACUCAUGUCUUACUGAUGGACAAACUACAAAACCUAUGCUUUCUUGUUGUAUGGAUGAGAAUGGUGAAGAGAAUUUUACUCUGGACAAAGUGGAUUUUUACGCAAACACUCAUUCACCAAGGUCAAUGAAGAAGAUGAGCUGUUCAGAACAAAUUAAGAAUCCAAAAUCUUUUAGAUCUUCCCCAAUGAAAGAGACUUUUGAUUCCAUACUCACACAAGCUGAAGGUCUUGAAUAUUACACAGAAAAUGUCGAAUCAUCUACAAUUCUCUCAAAUAUGAGUAAGAAUAGUGAACAAAUUUUCACUCCAGAUAAAGAGAAUAUGACACCUGAUAGUUAUUCAAUGAGAUCAAUAAAGAAGGGAAACAUAGAGGAGGUAAAGCAACGAAAACCAUUUGCGAAAGAAAAUUUGAAUGACAAAGUUCUUGAAGAGAAAAUAUCAGCUAGUCUUGCUUCUAGAAAUAAGGCAAGAAUGGAGGUAACCAUGCUGAAGAACAGAACAGAUAGAGUACCAUUUCAACCUCUGCUUGUGGCCAACUCCCCCAACAAGACCAAAUCAGAAUCUCCAGAACGGAAGGUCAAGUUGAAUGCUAAACCAGUCAAGUGUCAAGAAAUCAUUGAGGCAUGCCCCUUUGCUAAUAACAAUGCCAGGGAAGAGAAAAGGAGGUGGACCAUGGUAGUGGAUAUCACCUCUUUGUUAACCAAAGAGUCAAGAAAAGCUUUGCAGCUUUUGCAAGGUCUGAAAGGGACUUGCCUGAUAAUUCCCAGAAUUGUCUUAAGAGAACUGGAUUACAUGAAGAGACGUGCCAGCUUUUUCAGAAGAGCAACAGAAGUAUUUGCAGCAUUAGACUGGAUAGAUGAUUGCAUGGUAAAUGCAAAAUCAUGGGUUCAUGUGCAGAGUUGUGUAGAGGAAACAAGGCCAGUGGCACCAACUCCUCCUGCAACUGCACCACCGUAUUUUUUCAAUGAGGAGAAUGGCAUCUUUCCAGUCGGCUCAGUUCUAUCCUCUCCACAUUGUGGUCUAGCGGAAAUUGUUUCACCCACAGCAGAGGAUCAUAUCCUUGAAUAUGCCCUCCUCUUCAAAAGAACUAACAGAGAUGGACAACUUGUUCUCCUUAGCAAUGAUCUUACUAUGAAGAUCAAGGCGAUGGCAGAAGGUAUAAUCUGUGAGACAGCAGAAGAUUUCCAAGAGAGUCUGGUGAACCCAUUCUCUGAGAGGUUUCUCUGGAAAGACAGCUCUCCCAGGGGAAGCACUUGGUCAUGUGUGGAUGACUUUGUUCUUGGACCUCUAAGGAAGACAUCAAAGUCAGGACAAGCAGCAAAAGGCUUGAAGCUGAUAUUGCUUCAUAAUUCUCAUUAUAGGCAAAUCUGUUCAGGCAGCACAGUUAGCUAGGUAGAGAUUCACCCUUAAGGAAGCUGCUUGCUCCAUAAGAAUUAUCAUAGGCAAAUAUGUUCAUCCAGCUGAACCAUCUAACUGAGCGUUCCCCUUCUUAUCAAAGAUGUCAAAGAUGAAUUCAGAUCUUAUGACCACAUCUAGACAUGUAAAUGGUCAUUGUUUUUGUCUUUUGAAACUUCUAGUUUUUCAUAAUUGAUUCUAGAUGAUUCACAGAUUUUCUCAAUGAAAUCAGGUAACGUUGUGAAGCUUU